AUGGAGGCCGCCGAGAUAAGCUGCUGGUGGCAGCUGACCACCAGCUGUCCGUCAAUCUCCGGCAGCUGGUGGCAGCUGACCACCAGGUUGUCCGUCAGUCUCCGGCAGCUGGUGGCAGCUGACCACCAGUUGUCCGUCAGUCUCCGGCAGCUGGUGGCAGCUGACCACCAGUUGUCCGUCAAUCUCCGUCCGUCAAUGUCCGUCAAUCCCCGGCAGCGGGUGGUGACGGCGGAAGGCAACGUGUUCGUGAUCGCUGCCAUCGUUAUGGAGAAGGGCCUCCAGAACGUCGCCAACUACCUGAUCGUCUCCCUGGCUGUGGCGGAUCUCAUGGUGGCCUGUCUGGUUAUGCCACUCGGCGCAAUGUACGAGAUCACAGGCUCGUGGGCGCUGGGGCCGGAGCUCUGUGACAUGUGGACGUCCGCCGACGUCCUGUGCUGCACGGCCUCCAUCCUCCACCUGCUGGCCAUCGCCAUCGACAGGUACUGGGCAGUGACCAACAUCAACUACAUCCAGUCGCGGAACUCGCGCCGCGUGCUCACCAUGAUCGUGCUGGUGUGGGUGUUCGCGCUGGCCAUCUCUGUCGGCCCCGUGUUCGGCUGGAAAGACCCGGACUUCGAGGACAGGGUGAACGUAAACCAGGAGUGCCUGGUCAGCCAGGACGUCGGCUACCAGGUGUUCGCCACCAUGGCCUCCUUCUACGUUCCACUGGGCGCCAUCCUGUCGCUGUACUGGCGCAUCUUCCAGGCAGCACGGCGCCGCAUCCGCCACAAGGUUGGCUCGAACGGGAAGCGUAGCCGGUACCAGCGGCCGCCACCGCCGCCGCCGCCGCCGGCCACCGACACAGCCACGCUCACAGGCAGCCGGGUGUCGGAGUACGAGCUCUCCAGCUGCGCGACGCCCACCAACAACGGCAACGGCGGCGGCGGCGGCGUCAGCAGCGUGGACGUCAUCCCGCGAGACGCCGAACACCGUAAGAAGAAGACGAAGAAGGAGACGCUUGAGGCGAAGCGCGAGCGGAAGGCGGCGAAGACGCUGGCGAUCGUGACAGGUGCCUUCAUUAUGUGCUGGCUGCCGUUCUUCGUGACAGCGCCGCUGCUGCCGCUCUGCAAUGACUGCUUCUUCAACGGCGCUAUGAUGAGUUUCUUCCUCUGGCUCGGGUGGUUCAACUCGACGCUGAACCCCAUCAUCUACACCAUCUUCAGUCCGGACUUCCGCCAGGCGUUCAAGAAGAUCUUGUGCGGCCGGGCGGCGGUGAAGGGUCGGAGAGGACGCUAGGGGCGACAUGACGGCAGUGCAGUGUCUAGGGUUGGACUGGGGACGGCGUCCACCAGCUAGCACUGGGACGUUGACCUGACGCGUCCACUGUUUGCCACAGGUAUCAUAGACUAGACAGAAGUAUUGCCAGAAAAGAGUUAGCCGUGGGUACCAGUCUACGAGUGCGUUAUCUGAUGCGUUGGUUUCAAAGGCUGAAUGUUGAAGGCGCUAAUGAGAUGCUCUGAAUGUAAUCGGCGAAGUGGUGUGCUUGGCGCAAGAUAUAUUUUUAGCAUUGUUCGCUUAGGUCUGGGCCAAUGUAUUGAGGCAGCGCGCUGGCAACAACAGGCCGUUUGAGUUGAAUGGAACAUUUCACCCCCGCGAUGGCGCUUUUAGUUGGGGAAGCCGGGCCACUGUCUGCUUAGCGAUGUGUUGAACUGCAAUCUAGCACUGUCCCCGCAACAAAGCAUCACCAGCUUUGACCUGAUUCGAGAUGGGCACCAGUAACAUGGAUGUACAGGAAGAAAGACAUGUAGCCAUUGAGCCCAUCAUAUGGUCUUGUUUGUUAGCUUGCAGGAUGUUUUAGCUGCUAAGUUUGAGUCUUUAGUGACAGAUCGCUAUACAAAGAGAUCAGCACGUAGAUUUUGUACUGAUUUUCUAGGUUUUUAACACGGCGAGAUUAUUUUCAACCAACGAGAUCCCGUAGUGUUAAACGCAGACAAGGAAAUCUCGCCGGACAAGCGUUUUCCUCACCUCCCGCAAGAGUGUGGAGCCUAAUAGGUCCCAGCUUCUUAAAUCUACACUUAUUUCGGAAACAGAUUCCGUCACCCUAUUUGACCUAUCCUGAAAUUGAAUGACUAAUUGCAUUUGUGAAAAUUGCAUUGCGUAGCACAAUGAACGACACAACUUAAAGCAGGAAAGCACUUCAAAAUUAUUCGAGAAAUCACGAUAUCGAGUCGCUGAGAGCCAAAUGUGACUGAUGUGAUGUCAAUGAAGUAGUCAUCACUGCUGGCCUAUGACAGACAACAUGCUUUAACGUUAAAUUAACAACUCAUUUGUUGAUAUAUUUCUGCAGUCAAACAUCUUUAACUUGGUAAACAGGAGUAUUUUGAACAUGUCAACAAUAGGUAAUAGCUUUACUCAUCGUCUGAAGGACUCUGGCCUGGUGUCCCCGUUUCUCGCGUGCUUUGGUGAAAUGUUCCUUUUCAGCUUACUGUUGAAGUACCCGCCAGCCUGUGAGUUUUCUGAUUGCGUGGCAGACUGAGCUCCUCAGGCUGAUCGUCGGCUGCACUUGUCCGUGCGCCACGUGGUUUGCGUGCUACUGCGUGCGACGCGCACGUCCAGCGCGGACACCACGUGCCAAGCUCAAGGGGCCGCUGGGGUCGGCUUCACCAUAACGUUUCCAUAACUCGGACCAGAGGGCGCGCGCGGCGAACGCACGCGGCGUCCAGACGCACGCGCGACCCGUCAUGCAGCACGAGCUGAGCCAGGAGCGGCGCGCGGAGCCCCGCGCCUCUCCGGUGCUCACCCCGAG